AGGUUGUGGCGGAGUACGAUUACGACGCCCUCCAUGAGGACGAGCUGACCCUGCGGCCGGGCGACGUCAUCAAGGACGUGCACUACGUAGAGGAGGACGGCUGGAUGGAGGGGGACCUGAACGGGAGACGGGGCCUCUUCCCCGACAACUUUGUGAAGGUGGUGAAGAAGGAAUCCAAAGAGGUGAAGGAGACCAAGAGUGAGCCAAAAGAGGAGGCGCAGAGGAAGGACAAGGCCGCGGGGAACGUGGCCCACCUGGUCCAGAGGAUGAGCACCAUCGGCAUCCCAACCGGAGGCUUCCUGCCCCCGCCGCCAGCCGCCCCCAAGAAGCCCAAGAGGAGACAGUGCAAGGUCCUGUUUGACUACCAGCCGCAGAACGAGGACGAGCUGGAGCUGAAAAUCGGGGACAUCGUCGACAUCGUCGAAGAGGUGGAGGAGGGCUGGUGGAACGGCAACUUCAACGGCAAGUCAGGGCUGUUUCCCUCCAACUUUGUCAAAGAGCUGGACGCCACAGGAGAGGACGGAGACACCGGCGAAGGGGCCGCAGACGAGACCGAUGCCGGUGGGAUGGAAAGCGCCGGCGCCCCCCCCGCCUCACCGCAGCCCGCCACAGGCAACGGCGUCAUCGCUCAGCCCAAGAAGAUCCGAGGCGUGGGCUACGGAGAUAUUUUCAAGGGGGAGUUUGUGAAGCUAAAGCCCCGGCUGCCGAGCACCGACUCAGAGGAGAAGAAGGAGAAACCAAUCCCAUCAUUACCAUCCGCUGCAAAGCCCGCCCAUCCCAACAUGACAGAGUCGCAGAGAGCCGACGGAGACGGCAAAUCCAAAGCUAAAGAGUACUGCAAGGUCACAUUUGCCUUUGAGGCGACAAAUGAGGACGAGCUGACCAUCAAGGAGGGCGACGUCAUCCACAUCCUGAGCAAGGACACUGGAGAGCCCGGCUGGUGGCGAGGGGAGAUCGGGGGCCGGGACGGCGUCUUCCCAGACAACUUCGUGGUCCUGGUGUCGGAAGCUGAGAAAGAGACGCCCCCGUCCAGAGCGUCGCUGAGGUUGCCUCCCAAGCAGGACGCCGAGGAGAAGCCGAAGAAGCCGCCUCCUCCGUCGAAAAGCCCCACUCUCAGGCCGGAGGUCCCCAGCGUCGACAAGAAGCCGCAUCCCAUCAGGCCGGAGGACAGAGUUGACAAGCCUGCGCCGGAUCCCAAACCAUCCAAACCUGCGGCGCCGCUGGUCCCGCCCAAGAAGCCGGCGCCCCCCCCCGGCAAAGGCCGGCCGGGAGGCUUCCCGCCCAAGAGGCCGGACAAGCCCCUCGCUCCCUCGCCCAGCCUGAAGCUCAAUGGAGAGCUGCCUUCUACCGGACCAAAGCCCGACCCGGAGCCGCCCACUAGACCCAUACCGCUGUCGGGGGAGUGGGAGGAGAAGUGCGCGGACACGGAUCUGAUGACUUUUGACGAGAUUUCCCUCUCGGAGAAACUCUCUCACCCUACUGCUCCAAGACAAAAGAGGGCCGGCAGGAGGCUGCCGGGUUCAUUUCGGCGGAAGACCUUGCCCACCAAGGAGCUGAGCGUGGAGAAGUCCUUCAAGAUGGACGACGCGGAUGCUGCUGCCAAACCGAAGCCGACAGAAAGCAGAAAGCCUUCCACCAACACCGUAUCCCAGACGCCGCCACCCAUCGGACCCGACGCCGCCGAGGCCAAGCCGAGCGCCGCGGCGGCCCCGAGCCCGGAGCGCGGCGAGGCCGGCGGCGAGCUGGGCGAGCUGAGGGGCCAGAUGAAGCAGCUGCUGGCGUCCGUGGAGCUGCUGAAGGUCCAGCAAACGAAAGAGAUGGCGGCGCUCAGAGGAGAGCUGGACGAGGAGCGGCUGAUGCGCGUGGCCCUGCAGAUGGAGAUAGAGAAGCUGAAGCGCGUCGUCCACUCCACGUGAAGCCGGCGUCCUGAUGAGCGGCGGCGUGACGGACCAACCAGGGAGCGGCGGCAGGGGGGGGCGUCGGCCGGCCGGGACGGGGGGGUGACCACGACAACCACCUCGAGCACAAUCCCCCGUCUCCUGAGACCCAAGAACAUAAACUCUUUGUAUUUGUAAGAUUUACACUUUUGCACAUAUAGAACAUUAUCGAAAGAAAGAUGUAAUUAAUCUACAAAUUCUUUUUUGCUCUUUUUUUGCCAACAAAAAAACAACAGAGGCCUUACUUCCUACUGCGCUCUCUCUCUCUCUCUCUCUCUCUGUACUACUGACUUUGUAUAAAGGAUGCGCUUGUUUUCCUCGUAUAUUUUUUAAUGAUGCACAUUUUUUUUGAAAAAUGAACUGAUUGAUUCCAGUUAACGGUUCUGAUUCUUAGCGAGUGGUUUCUUUUCUUGGGGAGAACUCGGCUUCCUUCAGUCUUUUUAUCAGUUUUUUUUUGUGGCGUUGCCACACAGGGUGACACUACUGUGCCUGUUGAGAAAGCUAAAGCGAAUUCUAUUAAGUGUUUGUAUGCUCACCCCGGGGUGUGUGCAAGGUGUGCAGUACAUCCUAUAUCUCUAUUUUCUAAGUGACACCAGGGCCUCUAAUCCGGCUCUGCUUUUAUAUCGAGUCAUCUCGCUCGCAGGAACUUCCUCAGAAGUUGUAACUCUACAGCGUAAUGCCGACAAUCGCGCACACACACACACACACACACACACACACACAGCUCCUAUCAGUGUUGCAGACCAACACAAUGAUCAUCUCUGCCAAUCCGGCCUCCUCCUCCCAGCCCGCUCUGAUUGGCGGGUCUGGUGUUUCACAUCACUCUUUGUUGGUGGGUGGAGUCGAUGGAGUCGGUGCGUCUUUUAGCAUCGUAGCUGCAGAGCUAGCAGUCGCUAUCCGUCUGUCUACAUCUUUGGACCCAAACUGGAACAUAUCUGACAAGAAACUUGGUGCAUUCAUGGUCGCCUGAGGAUGAGUACUGAUGAAGCUAAACUCCCUGAUUUUAGAUUCUUUUUGCUCUUGCGAUGCCAUCAUCACAUCAACAAUAUGUAACGUUGUGAUCUCUACAUCUGCAUUGAUGACUUUGCGUAAUGACAGAGCAACUGAAUCUGUCCAAUAGGAAAGUCUCUUCAGCUGGACAGGAAAUCAGCAUCGCCACCUCACGGAUAUGAAUAAAUUAACUGAUACAGCAGAAACUUUCAUUUUGACAAAGUAGAUUUACAGUUACAACACAUGAUUUAUCAACUAUCAUCUAUUCAUGAGGAGCCUCUUGUUUCUGGCUCUGAGCUGCAGUGUUUGUUCACAUCCGACACACGAGGGCCUCAUUCACGUCUGUGGGGGGGGACCUGAUGCAGGGCGCACUCCUGUGGGGGGGGGGACCUGAUGCAGGGCGCACUCCUGUGGGGGGGGAACCGUAGCCGGAGGCUGCCAGCCGCCUCACGCGCGCCACAAGCAGCACUUCACACGGCUCCUCGUGUGCAACAUCUCAUCCGUCACUAAUGUCUUAAACAAGUGUGACUUAAAUCAUCCUCAGGCUUCCUUCCGUGUGCAUGUGUGCGUGUGCAUGCGUGUGCGUGUGCUUUCACGCUGUGACCAAGUCGAUGGUGCAUAUCUGACCUUCCUCCGUGUAUCGUCACUUAGCUUCCACAUUCCACAGUUUGACAUCAAGACGAAGACAAAGAAAUCUGCACAUUUAUUACAUGAUUUUUUGUUUUUGUUUACAAGAGCUGUAUCCGUGCAUGAGCUGAGAUUCUGGAAUAAAUACGUCUUUAUUUACUGUCA